GGGCCUCCUGCAGCUGGUGGCUCUGCUUCUGCUUCAGGCCCCCCUUCUAUCCCCAGCUUGCCGCCAUGGGCCCCUCGGUACACUCGAACGGAUGGGACGUUCGUGAAACCGAACGAGACCAUGCUGAAGGAUGGCCAGACCGCUAUGGCCUACUACAGGAGCAUGUGGACUCCGAAGGACAUUGAGGCGGCAAAGGGCCUUUCCCAGAAGGACGUGUUCAGUCGCUUUCCCCAAUCUGCUAUGGAGACAUUGUUUGGGAUGAUGGCCAUGCAGAAGCAGGUGGAAAUGGGGAACGCCAGGGCCCGAAAGUAUUCUGACAGCCUGGAGGUGGCUAAUAAAGAGAACGACCUCCUUGCCAUGAAGAAUACCGAGGUGCUGGUUCGGCUUGACAAAGCCGAGCAAGAGAGAGAUGUCCUGAAAAAGGAGAAUGAUUCCCUUCAGGAUGAGAAGGACGCCCUCCAGCUCGAGAAGAGCGUCUGGCAGACUGAGCAGGAAUCACUCAGAGAAGAGAAGGCAGAACUCCAACGUCUUCUAGCUGAUGAACAGUCUGCUCGGAUGGCUUUUGAAAAAAGAGCUCUGGACGAGCGUACCGCUCUGAUCGACGCUAUCAGCAGAGUGGGUGGUGGGAUGCUGGCCCUUCAUGCUCGGUUCUCCAGGGUCGGUGCUCUUCGGUAUGCUCAAGGAUUCCGGGAAGGCUUCGCCGACCGGGUUCCGGAUGAGGGACAGACCAGCUCCACUCCGGAUGAGGUAGACAAGGAUCUGGGGAUCGAGCCUCUGGGGGUCUAUGUCGACCCAGAACCCACCGAAGCGGAGCGUAUAUUUGAUGAGUGCCAGGACAUCGCAUCCUCAAGGAUCAUCACAGCUCCUCCUACCGCUCUGCCACUGACCGCUCCCCAAUCGUCAACCGUGGCUCCCUCUGUAGCCACUGCUGACGCUGAACCCCAGCCGAACGACUCAGUUAUUCACCUGGAUUCCCCACCUCAUGAAGGUGAGGCGGCUGAUGGGGCCGAGGAGGCGAGUCGGCAGGACCAGGAUGCUGUUGGUACUGAGGCGUCUAGCUAGGGCUCCUUCGAAUUCUUCCAGUUCAUAUCUUCUUGUAAUGAUGGACACCUCUCUUUUGUAAACUAAAUGUUCAAUAUUAAUGAAAUGGCCGAACUCUUUUUCUCUAUGUGUUGUGCUCUGUUCAACUUAUCUUCAGUACAUAUAUAUCUUUUCUCUCUUUUUCUUUUUAUAUUAGUUUUGCUGUGUGUUUGUACGGCAAGUGCCUGGCGCUCGGCUAGAAUGCCACUUGCCACUUGGCUUUAAAUUUUUAGCAAGUGUCUGGCGUUCGGCUUAUAGUGCCAGCUGCCACUUAUCUUGCUUA